CUAGGUGUGUGUGUGUGUGUGCUAGAGCGCAGUUCAGAACCAGGUACUCUCCCAAGCAAGAGACUCCCAGUACAGAGCGAGUGCGGUGGACAGUAUUCAUCCUCUAAACUUCCAGGCACUGCGUGGCUAUAACUUCCGGCUUCAAUCCCGUCUGCUGGCUUAUCCGCUUCCCCCGUGCCAUCGUCACCUCCGCCUCCCCUGCCAUGGCAGCUCCGCCCGCCGUCAAACUCACGCGCCCACCGCUCCCCGUCGUCCCGCCGCACCGCCUUUCACCGGACUGUCGUCCGCAUUCCUUGCGGGGAUCACGGCGCCACCACGCGAUCUCCCCAUGCCACCAGUCCGCUCUCUCCGCACUCUCCGCACUCUCCCCCCUCUCCUCCCUCUCCUCCCUCUCCUCCCUCUCCUCCCUCUCCUCCCUCCACUCCUCGGGAUCCUUCAAUCCUCCUCGCCCUAAUGCGCUCUCUCGUUCCGGUCAACAUUCCCGCGUCCCCUGCUCAAGAACCACGCGCCUCGCUUUAAUCCGCGCAGCGUGGGGGUCGGAUCGACGGGGCGACGGCGGCACUGGCAGCGCGAGCAGCGUGGGUGGCGCGGGUAUCGCGGGGUCGCGCCAUCAUCGGGCAGGAAAAGUCUCCGCCAAUGGCGAAGCCACGACGAACUUCGCCGAAACGUCCGCGACAGUUACCGGCGUCGUGCCUGCGCGGCGAGUAUUUCGUGGGGAGGCGGAGAGGGGAAGCGCGGAACGGCUGCGGCAAGAGCAACUGCGCGAGCGGGCUUUGCGGCUAGGCGGGUUCCUGGAGCGAGACGCCGAGGCGCUGGCGGUGCGGGAGGCGCGGCCCGAGGAGUAUUGGGAGGCUGCUGACGUGCACUGCGCUGCGUUCUUCCCGCACGCGCCAUUCCCGCUUAAUUAUAUUCUACGAUGGGACAGGGUCUCGGCGAUCCUAGCCAACCUCAGCAUGCCACGUGGCACGUACAAGAAGUGUCUAGUGGCCUUUGACUCGCCAGUCUUCGUCCAAUCCCUCCCUCCGCCCUUCGCCCUCACAUCCGCUGCUGCCAUCGCUGCCUCUUUCACUACCUCCUCCUCCCUCUCCUCCUCAUCCCCUACCACCUCACCUGCACCCCUGAUCAAACCCCACUCCUCACUCCCUGCGCGAGCGUCCACCCCGGCGUGGAAGGACUUCGACGGCGAGCGCGACAUAUUCGGCGGGCCAAUGCUGCGGCCCGUGCUGGCGUCCAUGCUGCUGGGCCCGCCCGUGCUCUCCUGGACCUUCUCGGGGCUCAACGUGGGCCCACGGGGGGUGGUGGGGUCCGUCACCGUUGACACCGCAGGGGAGUUCCUGCCGCGCCGCAGGCCACACAACAGACGAAGGACCGGCAUCGCAUACAUAAGCAACAUGGCAGUGCGGGCGGUGCGGAGGAGAAGGGGCGUGGCAGGGAGGCUCCUAGCAGAGGCGGAGGCACAGGCGCAGCAGUGGGGAUGCAGGACAGCAGCGCUGCACUGCGACGUGCGCAACGAGGGCGCCCUGCAGCUGUACCUGCAGCACGGGUACCGGGUCAUUCGACCCCCGCUGGGGGCUGUGUGGCCCCAGCCCAUGGCGUCGGAGGGACAGGACCUGCAGCUGCUCUUGAAACGGCUGGGAUAGGGGGACGGAGGGGCGUGAAUUGGGGGGGGGGUAGGGGAAUGGAGUGGGGAUUUGGCGAUUUGUGUUGUGACAAUGAUCCCGAUGGAUGGCAGGCAAAGGCUGGGAGCCAGGCUGGAUUGACUUUGUGGGGUGAAGUAAGGUCGGCAGGUUGGCAUGGCAUGGCAGCAUCUCAGCACAGUGAAAGCGCUGGCCCUCACAGGGGCUGGGGUGGAGAGCCAGCCUGCUAGGCUGCUAGGCUGUGAGUGACACACGAGGAAUGGGGAGAAUGGGCGGCACGCAGGGCCUCAGAUGUCAGGCCAAAAGGCCUGAAAGCAUGUAUAUCAGGUGUUUUCUAGGCAUACCCUGAUUUUUCAGGUUUUGAUUUUUGUCAAACCUGAAAUUUAUGUGUUCCCAUUCUCUAAGGCCUGAAAAAUAGUGUGUUGUUUUACCGAGCCUGACG